AUGUUUUCUGCACUGUGGCUUACUUCUUGGAUUUAUCUCAUUCAUUUUGUUUUCAGCUGUUGUGAGAACCUUAUUAGUUCUUUCCCUAAAGAAGAGCCAGGAACUGUCUCUUGUCUACAAGGUAGCCAAUCUAACCAUGUUGUGACUUGGUAUAGAAAUGAUAUUGAGACACCCAUAAGUACAGAUAACUGCUCCCGGGUUUAUCAGCAAGCAAACUUGCUUUGGUUUUAUCCUGCAAAACUAGAAGAUUCUGGAAUGUAUCAGUGCAUUUAUAAUUCCACAAGCGUUAACAAAACUCUAAUAGUGUUUGAGAACAGUGUUGGAUUGUGUUUUAAUAAAGGAAUGGUUUUUGAACAGAAAGUUCUACUAAAAUACAAUGGGAAGCUGACUUGUCCAGAUCUUCAUAAUUUCAGAAAUUAUGACAAUGCUCCUCUUACUUUACAAUGGUAUAAGGAAUGCCAUUUGCAUUUAUAUGAAGACUGGAAAUUUAAGAGUUCUGGAGACUAUCUUCUCAUUAAAAAUGUAACUAAGGAAGAUGAAGGAAUUUAUAUAUGCAGGGCUAAACAUAUAUAUAUGGGAAAAGAAUAUAAUAUUUCACGGGCUAUUAAUCUAACUACUUUUGAAAUAGCAAAGAAAAAUAUUCCAGAUAUAAUUUACCCAAAUAACAACUCAAUUGAAGUAAAACCAGGUUCCAGAUUUGACCUGGUUUGUAAUGUCUCAGCUGAUCCUCUGGAUUAUAUGGUAAUUGUAACCUGGAAAUUCAAUAAUGAGAUAUUAAACACAGAUGAAAACGAUAAGGUUCUUUCUGGAAAACGAAUAAUAGAAGUAAAGUUAAACAUUUCCAAAGUGAAAUACAGAGAUUAUGGAAAAUAUUUAUGUGAAGUAUGGUCUAAACAUGUGACACAAGUAGCAUAUGUAAUGCUAAACUAUCCAGCUCCAAACACUCAGUAUUAUGUGAUCGGAGGAUUGAUUUCAGCAUUGUUUAUUAUAGCAGCAUCACUGCUUACUUACAAAUUUUUCAAAGUUGACAUUGUCCUUUGGUACCGGGAUUCUUGCCAACAUCUCAGGAAAGGAAUUUCAGAUGAAAAAGUCUAUGAUGCAUAUGUGUUAUAUCCUCACAAUAUAUCAGGCUAUGUAUAUUUGACUGAAACGUUUGUCUUCAAAUUAUUACCUGAAAUCCUAGAAAAGCAGUGUGGCUAUAAGCUUUUUAUUCUUGGAAGGGAUGAUGUGCCAGGGCAAGCUGUCAUUACUAUUGUGGAUAAAAUGGUCAAACUAAGCAGAAGAGUGAUCAUUAUUUUAAUGCCAGAUCUAUAUUGUGGUGGCAUGUACAGUUUGUUCUCUGAACAGGAACUUGCAGUCUACAGUGCUCUUAUCCAGGAGGAAACCAAAGUUAUACUGAUUCAGCUAGACAAAAUAAAAGAUUUCAAUAGUAUGCCAGAAUCCCUCAGAUAUCUUAAACAAAAGCAUGGCGUACUCACAUGGAGGGGAACUUUUACAGAAACCACUGAAAUGGCAACUACAAGGUUUUGGAAGAAUGUGAGAUACCAGAUGCCAGCCAGCCCAAGCCCACUUUCCUCAGACUUGCAUUUUUUGCCAAUAACUUUUCACUCUUCUCAGAUAUCAGAUGGAUGACGUCAAAGCCACACCUGCAGUGUUUACCUGAAAUCUAUUCCAGUAGAUCCUUAUGGAUACACAAACAUGUGCACCUGCUAGAGAUUGUUCCAAGUCUGAGAUCAACAAAAACACAAUUCAGAGCAGUAUUUUCUGAAAGACCAUUCACUCAUAGGCUGUGAGAUGCAUGGGCAAGUGGCAAAAUAAUGUGAAUGCUUGACAAGGGAGAAGUUGAAAUUGUUCUUGCGUACUAUUAUUUUACAUGCAAAAUAAGUGAGUAUGUAGGGAGCUAUUUUUAUAUGAAAACUUUAUAUGAAAGAGUUUUAAUCUAAACCCCAAGGGUUUGAGCAAAAUAGUAAAUACUGAUCCAGCACUGAAGUUCAUUAUAGCUAUUAGCAAGGAUUUAAUCCUUGUAUCUCAAGCUUUUUAAGAGUGAGUUCUAGUCCUUCCUUUAACUGGUAUCCUUCCUAGAAUUUCCAUUGAAAAACAGCCUGUAUGGCUGUGAGUUGAUGAGAUGGGCAUAUCCCAAGUGGGGUUUUGAACAACAGUGUCUAUACAAUACUCCUUUGCUUGUACUGCCUUAGUUAAAUGGAAGAUUCAGGAUAGUUGCCAAAAAAUAUUCCAGGAUGUACUUACUCUCUAUAUAGAGUUACUGUAUAUUCCAUUCACUACAUGUGGAAUCUGGCACAAUCCAUAUACUAGGGGAAAUUACUAUAGUAUCUCCCAGGGAGAAAAAUAGAAAAGACAUAUUUAAAUAAAUUGCCAUACCAGCAAGCAAGGGCAAAGCGUGCGUUUUUAAAUUUUAGUUUGACUUUUUAAAUUAAACACUUUCGUAAUUAAAUGAACUAUUUUGAAUUGAGUGAUUUGUCAGUAGUUCAGAAACAAUUGUUAUAUUUCAAGUCACUAAAUAUAUGCAAUACAAUCAUUUCACCUUAUUUUUAGAAAUUGUAUUUUGUAGUAUGGGAGCCCAGAUUUAAUAAUUUGGCCAAAUAUAUAACUACUUUUUGUAUAAUUUGGGUACAAUUGUACAAAUUAUUCUGUACUUGUCCGGCCCAGUUUUUGGACACUGCCUGGAUAAGUUUCUGCAGUUUUCUUGCAAGGUUUUUGAAGUGGUUUGCCACUGCCUCAGGUUGAGAGAAAGUGACUGGCCAAAGUCACUUUGGCUUUGUGGCUAAGAUGGCUAAGAUGGGAUUAGAACUCACAAUCUCCUGAUAUCUAGCCUGAUGCCUUAACAAAUAUACUACAUUGGCUCUCAUAUUAUUUUAUGAUAAAAGGGGUCAAAACGUGGUUCUGAGGCCUUGUGUCAUGGGGUUGAUUGGUGCCAUGGGAGUUUUGCCUUUGUCAACUAAUAUAUAACAGUUUAAUUAUUCUUGCCUGCUUAAUUUUUUUUAUAAUUUUUAAUUUUAACAUUUUAAUUUUAACAUUUUAAUAUUUAUAUACUAUUUUAUAUAUUGAUAUUUUAUUGUACAUUGCUCAGAGUCUCUCCUUUAGGGAGAUAAGUAGUUCAGAAAUGUGAAAUAUAAAUAUAAACAAAUAAAUAAAUCUUAUAACCACAAAAU